UUUGAAGAGACAUGAGGAAGUUGUAUUUUCUCUUCUGUUUUACAGUACUCCUAGCUGCACAGAAAGGACCGUCUUAUAAAUUUGGCGUCAUCGAUGGAGAACCCAUUGAUUUAAUAAAUUCCACAAGUGUUCAAGUGAAGGAUUUCGAUGAAUGUGUUGAGAAGUGUGAGGAAGACUUAAAUUGCAUUUUGGCCUAUCAGAAAAGUGACUCGGAGCCCUGCCAACUAUUCCCUUGGAAUACAAUUUCCGGAGUGAAAGGGAACGAGUCAGGUGGUGUAGGACAGGUUGCGUUUAGGGUGUACACAGAUCAACCAGCAUGUGAGCUUAACUUGCCACGAUUGCUCAAUGGAAAGAAAUAUCCAAUCCACGAGAACAAUACUAGAGAGUACUUAUGGACAAUUGAUACUUCGGAAGAAGGAUGGAAGAUUAGUUAUAUCCGUACAACUCUGGACGACAAUCUCCGCUGUGGAAACUGGUCGUUCUUCCGUCCAUACGUUGAUGGUUGUGAUGCCAAUUGUUCAGUGACAAUGGUCCAGGACUACGCAAAGCCUGGACCAGAAACUGUUAAACCGAGAGAUGCCCAGAUUAGUAACUGGGAUGAAUGCAUGCAUAUGUGCUAUGAAGAGGAAGAAUGCCAGAUUGCUUAUUUGGAUAGUGAUGCGAAAAAGUGUGUUUGGUACAGUAGUGAUGAUGGGUUAACGUUUAUGAACAAGUCAUCGGCUGAUAGUGGGAAGAGGUUGGUAAUCAAGAUGAAGGUUGAUGAGACAACGUGCCUAUUUACAACUCCACAGUUGCUGGAUAGUUUUAAGUUUGGAACUCAGUCAACUGAGCCAUCCACAACAGAAAUCUCCACUACGGAAGGAACACCUAAGCAAAGCUGUAAAGAUACAAACGCCAGGUUCAUUCCAGCCGUUGAAGGAUGCUAUAAGAUGGUACGGGUGAUCCCCAAAGACCUUGUUUUGUCAAGUGAUAUCACUAACAAUGAGGCUCAAGAGCAAUGCCUGGAAAUCGGAGGAGAUGGUCUGAUGACAGUGGCUACAAACGAUACAUUAAAUUAUUUCCUAAAAGGCGAUUACCUCGAGGAUAUUAAGAUGACUCCAAGAUUUCAUGUUGGAAUAAUCAAGAAAGACGAUACCUGGACUUGGAGGCUUCCACAGCUGAAAAUCGACCAAAGUCCGAUCCCUUGGAGUUUGAACACUCGCAAAGUAGCUGAUACAGAGAAAUGCGGAUAUGUACAACUUCCUUCCGAUCCUCUUGGUUUUAGGCCGUGUGUGGAGCCCGUAGACUGUGACGACCCGAUGUAUAUGAACGGUUACAUUUGUCACUUCCCGAAAAUAGCGGACUCGCCUGAUCAACCUACUGCAACCACAACAGAGAUGAGCGUUCCAAAGCAAAGCUGUAAGGACGCUGAUGCAAGAUUUAUUCCGGGAGUUCAAAGAUGUUAUAAGAUGGUAUUCACAAAAGAUAAAACUGAUCCGACUAUAAAUGCGUUCACAUCUCACGAGGAGGCAGCCGGGAACUGUACUAGUAUUGGAGGAAACGGUCUUAUGACAGUUGCUACCAAUGACUCGAUGAAGCUUUUCAAAACGGGAAUUCUCGAAAAGUGGCACGACUUUUGGUGGGUUGGACUCAUCAAAAAAGAUAGCAACUGGACGUGGAUGCUUCCUGAGCUUGUUACUGAUAACACCCCGAUUCCCUGGGCUCGAGAUCAAAAAUUUAAUGAAGGAGACGACUGCGGAUAUGUGCAACUUGUACCCGAUAGGAUGCAAAUAAAAGAUGAGGUGCAGCCCUUUAGCUGUAAAGUGCCUCGGCCGCUCAAAGGAUACAUCUGUCAUUUUGUACAGUGAUGAGGAAUUGCUUAAUAAAUCGGUUAAUAUCUUUUCAC